GACCAGCCGGGACCCCCCCCCCCCCCCGGGCCGAACCGGGACCCUCCGAGCCGAGCCGGGACCCCCCCGAACAGGGCCCAUCCGAGCCGAACCGGGCUGAUCUGAGCCGAACCGGGUCCCCCCGGGUUGAUCUGAGCCGAACCGAGCCGUACCGGGACCCCGGACCCCCCCCCCCCCUUUUUUAACCGCACAGCCAUGAGCCCCCGGCGCGGCCCCCCCCGGCCCGAGAUGCUGCCCGAGAUCGCCGCCGCCGUCGGUUUCGUCUCCGGUCUCCUGCGGACCCGGGGCUGUGUCAGCGAGCAGCAGCUGCAGGUCUUCAGCGGGGCGCUGCGGGAGGCGCUGGCAGAGCACUACAAACACCACUGGUUUCCCGAGAAACCCUUCAAAGGCUCCGGCUACCGCUGCAUCCGCAUCAACCACAAAAUGGACCCCAUUAUCAGCAAGGCAGCGAGCCAGAUCGGACUCAGCCUCCCGCAGCUCUACCAGCUCCUGCCCAGCGAGCUCACGCUCUGGGUGGACCCCUACGAGGUCUCGUACCGCAUCGGGGAGGACGGCUCCAUCUGCGUCUUGUACGAGGCGACCGCCACGAAACCCGGGAGCUCCUACGGGAUGCUCACCUGUAAGAACCAGAUGAUGUUCGGUCGCACCAGCCCUUCCAAAAACUACAUCAUGACUGUCUCCAGCUAAAUACUCCUCAUGUCCUUACACUGCCAAGACCCGGGCUACUGUAUACCUCACCUGAGGAUCUAUUUUUAAAAUGAAGAGCUAUUUAUAUUUUUUAAGAAAAUCCAAGAAAAUCCAAAAUUAAAAUAUUGGGCACUGCUUCAGACAGGAGCAGUGUUUUCGGUGCCUUUUUUAAAGCUGUUGCAAGCUUAUGAGUUUUUAUUAUGAAGCCGAUAUCUACCUAAUUAGUGUUGGAUGGCAAUUGCAGUAGGCUGGCUCGCUCACUUGGGCAGCUCGGAAUGGAGGAAGAGGGGGAAGAGGCAGGCUGGGACGUGUGGCUGGUGGGGGGAGAUGUCACCCCCCCGUCCUGGUUCCUAGCAGCGUUGUCACCAAGUGUUGCGAUGCUGUUUGGGAAGGGACAAAGGGGGAGUUGUCAUCUUUCCUUCACCAGUUUCACUUCCCAGCUCGGCUGAUCUCUGGGUGCCUGGAUAAAUUGUGCAGGGGAACCUUGCCCUGAGGGCUGGGUGAUGCUGGGGGCCCUGGGACCUCUCCUGCUCUGGCUUUUUUGGACCUACCAACUCUGAGUGCUGCAGCUCUGGGCUGCCCCCCCUGGAGCACAAAGCAAGGGGCAGCGCAUGGCUGGUCUCCAACCCCUCCAUCUCCUGCCUGCUGCUGGGCUGAGGGGGCCCUGGGGGUGUCCUCGCCACGGGAAACACCCGAGGCAGAGAUGCGGUGGCUGGGGAAGCACCAGCCUGUGCCGUGGAGGUCCCCAGGAUGAAUUUUGCAGGCGCUGUGGUGGCACCGGAGUGCUCCUUGUUCCUGGUGCUCCCCAGUACCUGGCUGUCACCACAGCUUUCUGCACAGGCAGGGUGCUCCAGACCCUGAAAUCAGCUCUGAAUUACAAGGCCUGCCCGCUCUGGAGGGCUCAAACAUCCAGCCCGUGGCCUCUUGCGUAUAAAAAUUGCCUAAUCUGGUGCUGACGACCUGCUGCGUCACUUCUCCGGAAGAGCUGAAGCAACUUGCCUUGUGCCCUAGAGGUUGGUGUUGGAUCCUCUUUUGCCUUCUCUCCUAAAAUCCCAAAGUAUCGGGGAUCUCCGCCCCCUGUGCUUGCUGCAGUUCUGAGGCUGGGGUGCUCAGGUGCUUUGGGGUCAGUUUUGCUUUUAAAUUCUCCCCUCCUCUCCCUUCUCUUCCUCCCCUGGGUGCUCAGCAAGAGGCUGACCCCGGGAGCUGGCUCAACUGAGACCUCGCUGGGGGCACCGCCUGGUUCCGACCUCCUGGUCCAAAACCGUUUUGCACAACUCAUGCCUGGUCCUGGGCUUUGCCCCUUCAAGCAGAGCUUGUGAAAUCCCCGUGGUACUUGUCUUCAGGGAGAUUUCCUGAGCUUUGUUUGAGGUUUGGCCCUUAAACUGCUCCAGCUCCCUCAGGUUGGGUGGGAACCAGCGGUGCUGCCCCAAAAACUCUACCUGCCUGCUGGGGAAUGAGCCUUUACCGGGAUGCUCCGUGUCCCUUGCCUUUUUCCUAACCAGCUGGUGCUCCUCCAGGGAUCCUGGGAGAAGUGAUUGAAAAACCAGGGCAUUGACGUGGUUUGCUCUUAACGAAACUUUCCCCGAGCUGUUUUCGCAGCACGCUCUUUACCUUCCUCUUUUCUUGACCCAGCAGCCGACUGGCAUAACCAGAGUUGUUCUUUCCCAGCCUUUGAUGAAUCAAGUUCUCAGACAAUUGUGCAAUAUAUUUCAAAACCCUGAACGCUCUGGGAGAGGAAGGAAGCCUCCUGUCUGCCCCAGUGCUUAGCUUUGUUUUUAAUAUUAAAAAUAGCAUCGCUUCCCCGGCUCGGACUGCUUUUCAGGUGGAAAAGUAAGUUCAGAUUUCUGUAGCAGUUUCAAAUCGCAAUUUCCUGAACUGGAAAUGGUUUUCCUUGAUGGGUAACUCCCCGCUUGACAUUUUAGCAGGAUUUGUUUGUCCCUGGGCAGUUGCAGGCGGUAGCUCUGAAGUUGCAUCACUUCCCUCUGCAUCGCUCAGUCUCACAUCUCCAGAGCAGAAGCUGAAGGAGGCGCCGGGGCUUUUCCCCCGGCGACCUUGUGCAAGGGGUGACAUCACCCGGAGGGGAGCGCUGGGGAACUUCCAAAAACCAAGCUCCUUUUUCAAGGAAAAGGGAUCUGAGCUCAAGUCAUCCCUUAAAUCUGGUUUUGUGGGAAGCUCCCCAGGAGCUGCCGUGUGCUCUGCUGGUGGGAGUCCCCUGGAGGCUGCCCCUGGGGUUGUCAUUUGUCCCCAUCGCUGCAGUCGGGAGGUUUUUCCCCCUGUUUUACCCUCUUACCAGAAAAAGAGCUGGUGAGGAGCGGCAGCCCACACCAAAGGAACACACUAACCCCAGCGUGCCCCCGCUCACCAAGCAGAAAUAGCCGAGUUCUCCGUCCCCAGGUGGAGGAGUUUGGUGGUAAAGGUGUCUUGUUAGCUCCAAAGCCACCCGGAUCCGGGUGCGACCCAUUUCUCUUGUAGCUGGUUCCAUGUAAAAGCUGUGAAUUAGUGUGCUGUUGCCUUUUAUUUUUUAUUUUUUUUUGCCUACAAGCCUGAUGCUCACUUUUAGGGCCGGAUGGUGUGUGUUUUAGGAGUGUGUCUCGGGGGGGUUCCUCUCCCCGGUUAAACAAGCUGGACUGUUGAACGGGACCUGCUUUUUGUGUCUGGAAAUGGGAGCGAGUCUGUAAGCUGCGCUGGGAGGAGGGAGUGGAUGGUUUCUCAUUGUACAGUAGUGUUUUUAUAUAUGGGAUGUACAGAUCCUUCGACAGACGUAAUGCUUUUGUUACUUUAAUAAAAAUGUAGCAGUACCAGA